UCAUCCAGAAGAUUAUCGCUCACUCUGUGGCAGCUAGGGAGGGCAGUUCGGGGAGUGUGACCAAGAGGGAUUUGAAAUUUUUCCUCUCUAUGGUAUAAGAUCCCCCAAUUCAUCUUGGUUUAGUCAACUGAAAACCCUACAGAAGAUGACCUCCAACAAACAAAUCAAGACCAUCCAUGGAGGUGCCUACAUCACAAGGCUAGCUCGCCAUUUUGGCAUCGAUCCGGUGGGUGCUCAUUGCACCAUUGCCCAGUCCACUCAACCAAUCUCCCAAAAAAACCUUGCGGACCUAGAUUUGGUGCCAAAGGUAAAUGUUCCAACCAACACUUUCCUUUUCACAGUGAAUGCUACAACAAAACUAGUUGGGGUUCUAACAAUCUAGGAUUGAUUUUGUGCAAGUUUUGGAUUGCCUACUAGUCUAGUUCAUUUUGAACGUUGACCAAAUGUAACUAAUGCUUCUGAUAUUGAUCAUGUUGUUGAGGCAAAUGGUCGAGGAGACUCCGGAACAUCCUGCACAACCUUACCAAACUACGACUCAAGCUGGACCAUCCACCGACACAUACUUAUCCCAUUUGGAGGCAUUGGGUUGGCAGAAUAACCAAAUUCCGGAGCAAAAUGUACUCAUUCUCUCCCGCCUCGACCGAGAGAAGGAAGCUCGACGCUACAUCAUCAAAUGAAACCAUCACAUCAUGAGUUCCUUGAGGAUUGGCUACAAAAAAUUCCCAAGACCUUGGGAACUAUCUCCUAAGCCAACCGAGGAAAGCAAUGAAGAGGGAAGUGAAGAGGAUGACGAGGGAAAUUACGAUGAACAAAACAAGGAUAACAGUCAAGAGGACAAUGACACCAACGAGGAAGAGGGUAGUGAAGAUGAUGACGAGGGAAAUGAUGAUGACCAAAACAAGGAAAGAAAUCAAGAGGACAAUGACACCAACGAGGAAGAGGGUAGUGAAGAGGAUGACGAGGGAAAUGUCUAUGACCAAAACAAGGAAAGAAAUCAAGAGGACAAAGGGACCAAUGAGGAAGAGGAGAGUGAAGAGGAAGACGAGGGCAAUGUCGAUGACCAAAACAAGGAAAGCAAUCAUGAGGAAAAUGAGAACAAUGAGGAAGAGGGCAGUGACUCUAGCGAGGUCAAUGAAGAUGAGCAAAUCCAGGAAAACAAUGACGAGGACGAGAGCACUGACGAGGAAGAGGGGCAGUGAAGAUGAGCCAACCAAAGUCCUUAGUACUUAGCUAUGUGUGUUUGCGUUUGUGCUUGUAUGUUUUCCAAUUAGAAUAUGAUGAUGCACCGGUGUGGGCUACAUGCAGCUAAACUUAAGCAUUAAUUAGACAGAUUUAAUCGUGUUAUGGAUGCUUGUUUUAUUAGACAAAUGUAAUGCUUUGAUUGCUUUUUACUUUUUGUUAAUUGGGUAACCCAUCUGAUAUGAUGUAUUGUUACUAGAUCUGUUCCUACUUGACAUUCCUCAGGCAAAUCUCACGGUUGUGAGAUGUCCCGUGAGAUGCAAAGAGCAGUUCUCACUAUCCCAGGAAAUUUCACGGCUUCUACUUGACAUUCUCACGCCCGUCAAAAUCUCACGUGAAAUUGAAACACAAAGCUGCCACUCAAACGUUCUCAGAGCUCAUUCUGGCAAAAUAACGGCUGUGGAAUUAA